AUGGAUGAACCGCUCGAGGUGUGGGAGCCACCUCCCGAGAGGAGGGCGCCAAGAAUGCGCGAACCGAAGAAGGAAACAAAGGAGGAGAAGCUUCGGAUCGUGUAUCCCCGGGCAUGUCCUCACUGUGCGAAGUCCUUUCCCUCCAGUACCAGGUAUCACAAACACGUGAACUACCACACGGCAGCUAAGACCUUCGAGUGUGACCACCCUGGCUGCAGAAAAGCCUACAAGAGGAAGGUUGAUCUGGAAGACCACAAGGCUGUUCACCUGAAGGUCAAGCCCUUCCGAUGCACGGUGGAGUCCUGCUACAGGAGCUUUACCACAAAGCAGUCACUGAUGUCACACAUCGGCCGGAUGCACAACGGCCUGACUUGCACUGCCUGCGGGCUCCGUUUCCGGAAGAAGGCGAAGCUGCAGCAGCACUGGGCCAUCGUGCAUGGGGCAGAUGGGGGGAAAGUGGAGCCAGGGACGUGCCCGGACUGUGGUAAGACCUUCCGACACCGCGAGUCAUUGGAGAAGCAUAUCCUCGCCAAGCAUCCUCGCAAUGCCAUUGCACCGAAGCGCAAGUGCUACAAGUGCACUGGCUGUGAGGAGGUGUUCAGCAGCUUCCUGGACCUGGUCCAUCACCGACGUGAGAAGCAUCCCAAGUUAUUCAAGUGUGAUGAGUGCGACUUUGUUGCCAAGAAGCGAGACCAGCUCAAGCAUCACAAGGACUUGGUCCACCGUCAGGUGACGGCAAGGAUGGUGGAGCGGGGCUCCAAAUCGAGCAAGAAAAGCCAGGAGUCCUCGGCUGCCAGCGAGGCCUCGGAGGACUCCCUGGACGCUUUCGAGGCCGAGCGUGACCGCCGCAUCCUCAACCGAGAGGAGAUCGCGAACGCACAGGUCAUCGACCCGGAGCUCUUCACCAAGGGCAGCUUGUAUUGCUCGCUCUCAGCGUUGCUGGCCAUUGUGGGCUUGGUGGAAAUGGGCCUGGAGACGGAUUACCGCUGCAACACUGGGCGCUGUGUGGCUGACGAGCCGAUCUGGGACAUGAUGACCCUGAUCUUCACCAUCCUUCCGGUGGCCGAGAAUUGCCUUCGGCUCUGGGAGGCCAAGCCGAAAAGGUUCUUCAUGGGGGACAGGACCAAGGUCAAGUUCAAGCUGGACUGGGCAAACUGUUGGGACACUGUCUUGGUGUUGCUCAGGAUUAUCGAUGUUUGGAUUCUGAGUCCGCUGGGCUUCGAGUCAGGUCUUCGCAUGGCCACCGGAUUCCGGAUCCUUCGCAUUGGUCCGGCUGUCAAGCACUGGCAGUCGACCAAGGAGCUGCGAGAGCUUUGGAUUGUGAUUGGCGCUGUGUCCGAGACGUUCAAGACGCUGAUCUGGGUUGGCGUCAUGCUCAUCUUCGUCAUCUGGACGUUUGGCAUCCUGAUCACUAUGUCUUUGAUCGAGCGACGGGGCGAGGAGUUUAACUUCACCUCUUCUACCUGGACCUUCGCGGACUACUGGGGCAGUGUGCCUCGCAGUGCCUACUCGCUCUUCCAGGUUGCCACCCGAGACAGUUGGGUCAGUGCCCUGGUGGCGCCUUUGAUCGAGACUGAGCCGCUGCUGCUGAUCAUCUUCGGCUUCUACUUCUGCAUCGGAUCCCUGGCGCUGAUGAAUGCCAUCAUCGGCGUGGUCGUCGAGUGCACGCUCUCCGCAGCGAGGGCAAGCACGGAGAAGGAGGAGGAGGACAAGAAGAGGGCAGAUACGCUGGUCAUGGACUCACUGAGACGGAUCUUCCACGAGGGCGACACCGAUGGCUCGGGCGAGUUAGACAUGGAGGAGCUGCACGUGCUGGUACGCAAGCAUCAGGUGCGAGAUCGGCUCAAGAUGCUGAAGCUUCCUUUCAGCGACCUGGACCUCCUGUUCUCCUUGCUGGACACAGAGUGCAAAGGGAAUGUGAACACGGACAUGUUCUUCCGCGGCUGUGCAAAGCUGAGGGGCCCGGCCAUGGCGUGCGAUCUGCACCAGCUGUCCAUCGACUUGAAGCACAACUUGGAGCGAUGCGAUCACAACUCUGAACGCAUUCGUCAAGUCAAUGAGACCUUGGCAAUUGUGCUGGACCACGUGGACGAUAUGGACAUCAGCAUCAUGAAGAGCGACGUGGACUUCAAGGAUCCAGUCCUCGCUGCCCGGCAGGUGCGGCCCAAGACCUCGAAGUCCGACAUAAUACGCGGGAGGUGGCUCAUCCCUGUAGCGCACAACGAGCAGAGCAUGUGGUUCGAUCUAGACCGCCAAGCCAAGCUCCAUGACAAGGGCGACAGCGCGGUCAAGAUGCACACGCUCACCCCCCAGGUCCACGAGGUUAAGGAUCAACGCAGCAUCCGCGACAGCAGAGAGCAGCCGCCGCCUCCCCCGAUUCCUGCGCGUGUACAGCCGCUAAGGGAUGUGAAGUUGACGCAGGUCGAGGAGGAUCGAGCCAGGUUGAACAACCAGAUUGCAAAGGCGUUGCGGAAGCUCCAUCGCUUCGAGUGA